AUGCUCAUCCCCCUGCCCCCUCCCACCCGGUCCAGCCCCGCUGAUAGAGCCAGCAUCCUGGCCCUGGCGGAGCUUUCAGGCUGGCUGGCCUCCCCACCCUCCCAGCCUUCCUCAGACUCUCCAGGGGCUCAGGCAGCCCCCCACCAGCCAGGGGCGCUCAGCCAGCCCCCCACCAGCCAGGGGCGCUCAGCCUGCCCCCCACCAGCCAGGGGCGCUCAGCCAGCCCCCCACCAGCCAGGGGCGCUCAGCCUGCCCCCCACCAGCCAGGGGCGCUCAGCCAGCCCCCCACCAGCCAGGGGCGCUCAGCCAGCCCCCCACCAGCCAGGGGCGCUCAGCCUGCCCCCCACCAGCCAGGGGCGCUCAGCCAGCCCCCCACCAGCCAGGGGCGCUCAGCCUGCCCCCCACCAGCCAGGGGCGCUCAGCCAGCCCCCCACCAGCCAGGGGCGCUCAGCCUGCCCCCCACCAGCCAGGGGCGCUCAGCCAGCCCCCCACCAGCCAGGGGCGCUCAGCCUGCAGGCAGGGUGA